AUGACCUCCAAAGAAAGUAUCUCGCCAAAACCCAAGGACAUCGAUACGCGCUCAACAAUUUCUAUGCAGGAGUUGGACCCCUCGCCAGUGCAGGAUGAAUUUCCCGAUCUCGAAAGUGGCCAAUACGUCUUUCAAUCACAAGGCCGUCCAGCAAAGCUUGGGGGUAGAUCAGAAGUCGGGCUGCCUUCGUUUAGCCUAGGUCUCCGUGGACACAACUGGGAUUCAUGGUUAUCCGCACUUCAGAGAUACUCAACGUACCCCCCCACCUUAUUCUUUGCGCUACAUUUCGCCAACACCUCCCUUUUCCCUCUAGCAACUCGGUCGGUUCUAGAUAGUGAAACAUAUCUGCUUCUUACGAGACCCAUCUAUCAGUCCCCGGGGCUUGAGCAUGUGGUCCUGACCGUUCCCAUCCUAAUUCAUAUCGCUUCCGGCAUUAGAUACUCCCUGAAUUUCUGGCCACGGAUGAGCCUGCAAGCGCGUCUAGGGUACUGCUUUGUUCCAUUCCUUGGCGCCCAUGUCCUCGUUAACCGUGUCACGCCUUUGAUCGUCGAUGGUGGGAGUUCGGGAGUGGGUUUGGGUUAUGUGGCUCAUGGAAUCGCACGAAACCCUGUCUUCUGGAAUGUGUACUAUGUGGUCCUUGCCGCUGUUGGUAUGUGGCAUAUCAUUGGAGGUUGGGCUACUUGGAUGGGUUGGAGGGUCACUACGGCUCAGAAGGGGCGAGGUUGUAAGAAAGGCUCACUUGAAUGCUACUUGGGGUACACAGAAAGCGAAGAGCAGGUCAAAAGAAAGAGAAAAAUGCGGUGGAUAGUCAAUGGCGUUGCCGCGGUAGGAACAGCUAUCUGGCUCGCGGGCGCUCUGGGAAUACUCAUACGGCCCAAUGCUCUGAUCUUCCCUCGACUUAGAACGUCCCAGCUUGCCCCCGGCUUCCCAUUUUCUAUACGAUAUUGCUGUUCACGGUUAUCAAACAUGGCGGCAGAACCAGCGUCUGGUUUUUUAAGUCAAGUCGUUCAGUAUGACGGCAAAGAAUAUCACGUGGUGAAAGAAGGGAAUGCAUUCAUUCUGAACCCACCUUCCCAGGCUGCAGCCUCCACAGGAACAAGAAGAAACCUCAAAGCGGAGGAUGAAGCUCAGUCUGUAUUCUACAAUCCUAUCCAGCAAUUCAAUCGUGACCUGAGUGUACUUGCGAUCAAAGCCUAUGGGGAACAUGUGCUGGCUUUAAAGAAGCGGAGAGCCGAAAGGAGGCAGAAAAGGGGUGCAGUGGAUGGGAAUUUAAAGGGCAAGAAACGGAAGAGGGAGGAUGGCGAUGAAGAGGAACCAAACGGAAGCAGUGAUCAUCUGGCCUCAGAAUCGCAGGCUGGAGAAGAUACCAUGCCAUCAUUUACUAUUUUAGAUGCUCUGUCUGCUACGGGUUUGCGUGCACUACGAUAUGCGUCAGAGAUUCCAUUUGCUACUCGCGUGGUUGCGAAUGAUCUUUCGCCGUCUGCUAUCAAAUCAAUGAAGUUGAACAUCGAAUACAACGGACUUGGAAAGCUUAUUCAACCUAACACCGGUGAUGCGCGGACUUACAUGUACAGUACUCUUAACCCAGCCACCACUCAGGCCAGUGGACCGCACACUGGGAAGUUUGAUACUAUUGAUCUGGAUCCUUAUGGGACGGCUGCACCGUUUAUGGACUCUGCUCUACAGGCUGUCAAGGAUGGGGGUUUGCUUUGCGUGACCUGCACCGAUGCUGGGGUUUGGGCAUCCAACGGGUACCCGGAAAAAUCAUACGCAUUGUAUGGCGGCGUGCCAACGAAAGGUACACAUUCCCAUGAAGGUGGGCUACGCCUAAUUCUUCACGCACUCGCGGUGUCAGCUGCCAAGUACGGCCUGGCUAUCGAGCCACUUCUAUCUCUGUCAAUCGACUUCUACGCCCGAGUCUUUGUCCGCGUUCAUCGAUCACCAGCAGAAGUUAAGUUUGCCUCUGGCAAUACAAUGGUUGUUUACAACUGUGAUUCAGGCUGUGGAGCUUGGUCAACACAGCCUUUGACCCAAACGAAGCCACGACUGGAUAAAAAAGGGAACCCUUUCUAUCAUUACGGAUUCGCCCAGGGACCGAUGGCAAACAUGACCUGUGCGCACUGUGGGAUGAAAACUCACAUAGGCGGCCCAAUGUGGGCGGGGCCACUACAUAACCCUCACUUCAUCCGAAGAGUUCUCGAUAUGCUUCCUGAGGCGGAUAGAAGCAUAUAUCAAACGGUAGACAGGAUCGAAGGCAUGUUAACUACAGCACUUGAGGAGGACUUGAUUUGCAAUACCUCUAUAAGGAGUGCCAGUUUAGAGCCUACUAUCUCCAAGACCAAGGAUGCUGCACUAAAUGAUGAUCCAGCUAUUAUUCCGCGCAUGGACCCGGCUCUUCGAGAGCCGUAUCCAUUCUAUUUCAGUCUGAGUGCUCUCUCAAAAGUCCUUCAUACAUCUACCAUCUCUUCCGAUGCUUUCCGUGGAGCUGUGCGACACCUGGGUUACCAAUGUACCCGUAGCCACACCAAACCCAAUACUAUCCGCACAGAUGCACCUUGGGAUGUGAUUUGGGAGAUCAUGAGAGAAUGGGUCAGGCAGAAAUCACCUAUCAAAGAAAAUGCCAUUAAGCCUGGCACUGCCGGCGCUGCUAUCAUGGCGAAAAGCCGGCAAAACCUUCAGAAGCCGAACGAAGGCGACAAAAAUUUAUGUUUGCUGAGGCAAGAGAUCGUGUCUGCCGCCGAAAAUGGGAAGGAUAUCUCUGAUGUAGUGACGAAAGUCGAAGCCGCGCUAUAUCGUUCCGGCUUCUGGCAGGUGUUGAACCAAAACGAGUCCGAUUCUCGAGUUGCCAAUAUGCAGAAGGAGGCUCAGAGCACCAACCAAGCCCAUGGAACAUUUACAAUAAAAUCUAAUACCAGCACGUUAGAUGUUGUUUUCGACGAAUCUCUAGGCAGAGAAGUGACCAAAAAACGACUCGUCAGAUAUCAAAUCAACCCUCGCGCUAACUGGGGUCCAUUAAAUCGAGCGUCUGGGCGCGGGCAGAGCUGA